UGUAGAGUGAACCCAGAGAAUACAUCCCCUUUCAGAGAUGUUUUAUCCAAGUGAAUCUCAAAAUUCUGUGUCUCCAAUGGAAGCCAGCCUUCAGUGAUGCUUGGAGUGGCAAGGAUGGCCUUUGGAAUUGUUAUCUACUAAGCAAUUAUAUGCUGACAUUGAAGUUGUAUCCCUGGCACCUGCCUAGAUCAACAUCCCUGGACUCCAGACAUAAGAAAAUGUUCAACAGAAGUCAACUCACCCCAGAAUACUUUCUUCUUACUGGCCUCCCUGGGCUGGAGGCCCUUUACCCUUGGUUUAUCUUCCCAUUCUGCUCUACAUAUCUUGUGGCCCUUGUGGGUAACAGUCUGAUUCUGGCAGUGAUCAAAAACAGCCCCUCUCUGCACCAGCCAAUGUACCUAUUUCUUGCUAUGCUGGCCUUUGCAGAGCUUGGUGUCUCUGUUUCUACACUGCCCACUAUGAUGGGCAUCUUCCUUCUUGGUGCCAGUGAGAUCUCCUUUGCAGCCUGCCUUUUACAGAUGUUCUCCAUACAUUCCUUUUCCAUCAUGGAAUCAGGAGUUCUGCUGGCCAUGUCUGUGGACCGCUUUGUGGCCAUCUACAACCCAUUGCGGUACACUGCUAUCCUGACCCUGCCCCGUAUUGUUGGUACUGGUGCUGCUCUUGGACUGAAGAGUGUGAUACUCAUGUUCCCACUGCCCUUUCUCCUGAUGCGUCUGCCCUUCUGUGGCCACAAGGUCCUCUCCCACUCCUAUUGUCUUCAUUCAGAUCUAAUCCAGCUCCCCUGUGGCAAUACUCGGCCCAACAGCAUUUUGGGGCUCUGCAUUGUAACUUCCACUUUUGGUCUGGACUCACUGCUCAUCAUCGUUUCUUAUGUGCUGAUCCUCUACACAGUGCUGGGCAUUACCUCUGGGGAAGGACGGCGAAAGGCCCUAAACACAUGUGUAUCACAUAUCUGUGCAGUCCUCGUGUACUAUGUACCCAUGAUCAGCGUGGCCCUUGUGCACCGCUUCAUGAAGCAUGCUGCACCUGCUGUCCGUCUGCUCCUGGCCAAUGUCUAUCUUCUGGUGCCUCCUGUGCUCAAUCCCAUCAUCUACAGUGUUAAGACUAAGCAGAUUCGCCAGGGACUAAUCCACCUCUUUCUUCAGAGAAAAUAAUAAGGGGGUCAGUGCUGAUGAGAUGAUUACCCUAAAGAUAUUUUCAUCACCAAAGGUGUCACAUGGAAGGAGAGAGUGCUUAUCACCUUGUCGAAGUUAGAAAGCUUGACACAUGUAUAGGGAAUGCACAUUUCUAUACUAUACUGUAUGUGUUGUAACCUAAAUUAGAGUUGUAUAGUAUUCUGUCAGCUAUUUUGUUGCAUGUGUCAAAUUAAAAUACACAUGCUUUUUAACCCAUAAAUUCUCAUUUUUAGCACUGCUCUAGAUUCACUGUUUGAUGCUUGUCCAUGAAUUCAGAGACUUUAUGAGGACUCUUCCAUCAACAACUUUUGAAAUGAGAUUUUACAAUGUGAAGUGGCCAUCAAUAGGAAAAUAGUUAAGUGAAUUAAGUUCUGUUCAUAUUAUGAACUAUCAUGAAGUUAAAAAAAGGACACAGAUUGAUAGGUACUCAAGAUUUAAGCAAGAAGUAACAAAUUAUAUAUACAUAUAUAUACUGGGUAU